AUGGGCCACUCGAAGCCAGGAGGGUGUCCCAGCAAAGAAGCCCCUGAUGGGGGUUGGGGCUGGAUGGUGCUGAUUGGCUGCUUUGUGAUCACUGGAUUCUCCUACGCCUUCCCGAAAGCUGUCAGUGUUUACUUCAAGCAACUGAUGCACGAGUUCCACAUUGGAUACAGUGACACUGCCUGGAUUUCCUCCAUUAUCCUGGCCAUGCUCUACGGCACAGGGCCCUUGUGCAGUAUUGUGGUGAAUCGUUUCAGCUGCCGGCCUGUGAUGUUGGUCGGCGGUUUACUGGCUUCAUCUGGAAUGAUUCUUGCGUCCUUUUCUGUGAACAUCACCCAGCUGUACCUGACUGCUGGGGUCCUAACAGGUCUUGGACUCGCUCUGAACUUCCAGCCAUCGCUCAUAAUGCUGGGCAGGUACUUUGAUAAGAAGAGGCCAUUGGCCAAUGGGCUAGCAGCAGCGGGGAGCCCGGUGUUCCUCAGUGCCCUCUCCCCAUUCGGCCAGGUCCUGCUGGAUUAUUACGGCUGGAGAGGGGGCUUCCUCAUCAUGGGGGGUCUGUUACUCAACUGCUGCACGUGCGGAGCUGUCAUGAGGCCUCUCGAGAGUCUGAGGCAGAGCGGCAAAGACCAGCCUGAAGCCAAGGAGAUGCUCCCCACCACCAACGCCGAGGUCACUGGCCUGGAGCUGGAGAAUUCCCAACAGGUCGUGACCAGAAACAGCACCAAGUUCGGCAGCAGGAAGUCAGGAGCGAACAAAAAAAGCCAGAAGCUCCUGGAUUUCAGCGUAUUCCGGAGCCGGGACUUUGUCAUCUACACCAUCUCCAAGUUCAUCCUGGUCCUAGGCCUCUUUGUGCCUCCAAUCAUGAUCGUUAACUACGCCAAAGACAUGGGGAUCCCAGACACUGAGGCUGCCUUCCUGCUCUCCAUCAUUGGCUUCAUUGACAUCUUCGCCCGGCCCCUGAGUGGGGUGGUCGCUGGCCUGGAUCUGGUGCGGCCGCGAGUCGCCUACUUUUUCAGUUUCUCCAUGCUGUGUAACGGACUGACCGAUGUCCUGAGCGCCAAAGCGGCCACCUACAGCGGGUUGGUGGCUUUCUGCGUCUUCUUCGGGGUGACCUAUGGGAUGGUGGGAGCUCUGCAGUUCGAGGUUCUCAUGGACAUCGUUGGCUCCCAGAAGUUCCCCAGUGCCAUCGGCUUGCUGCUGCUCAUUGAGGCCUUCGCUGUUCUCAUCGGACCCCCCUCAGCAGGGCACCUGGUGGAUGCUUUCAACAAUUACCAGCUCAUCUUCUAUAUGGCUGGCUCAGAGCUGAUACUGUCGGCUGUGUUUCUGUCCGGAGCGUUCUAUCUCUGCCUCAGACAGGAGCAGCCCAAGAGCAGCAAAGGACAGCAGCAAGUGGAGGAGCUGGCCUUGGGGGAGAGCGACACGGUGCAGGACUGCACAGGGGAUCUGUGUGAGAGCCUGAAGGAGGAAGGAGCGGAGAUACAGAGCGUUCCGAGCAACACAGAAAGACCAGCUUAUAAAUAA